GUGCUUUCCUUGAGGCCCGCCAUAUUGUACACAAAUCUUUCUCCGACGCGCAGCAGUUACGUGAAACUGACAAAAUAUUUCGGUGCUGUAACACAUGGCAAACGCGAACACCGUGGCUGGGCCAUCUACCUCUAUGAUCGUGCCCGGCACAUUCUCUGAUUAUGCGACCUCUGUGCAAUCGGCUGCACUGGCUACAACUCGUCUCGCUGCUACUACACUACCACCAGACAUAGAAUUCCACCGGUCCAUACAUGUAUCAUUUGCUGCAGAGCUUGACUCGCUGUCCACUCGAGUCCUCCGGCUUACCAACAGGCUUGUGCGACUUGCAGGCUCUGUCGAUAGCAGUACUGUGGGGCGUGGCACACUGGAUGGCGAGGAGGACGUCUUGGACGGUUUCAAAUCGUUGAUUAUUGACCCGGUGGACAGACUUUUUGAGAGAACAGACAUGUGUUUGGAUGAUUAUUUGGGGCGUAAGAAAGAGCCUGCUAUCACGGUUCCCGCUCUACCGAAUCACAGCAACAAUUCAUCAAAGAAACCCCCAGCUCCGAGAGGACGCCUUGACCCUGUGCUACAGCAUGCCUCUCAUCUACCGAAGCCUCAACUGCUGUUCAAUACAAAAGUGGACAACUGGAAUGAGUCACCGUAUAUCCCGGCCCGUACUCUUGAGCACAAGUGGUGUGCCCGUGUACCGCUUGGAUACAUAUUUCAUGACCAAGACGAGAGUGGUGGCAUGGACGAGGAAGAAAAGCAAAAGCUAUCGGCGCACCCCUAUUAUUAUGAGCUCACUCAUUCAACGUUCCCUCCUCAUCUCUUCCGUCCAACCCCUACCACCAUUCUUCCUACUUCUCUCACAGGUACUGACGUCUCGAAGCACAUAUAUGUCUCGACUCCGUCUGCUCUCUUGUCGAUGGCUACAAAGCUCAAAGCAGCGAAAGAAAUCGCUGUCGACCUUGAGCACCACUCAUACCGUACAUACAGAGGGUUUCUUUGCUUGAUGCAGAUUAGCACACGCGAGGAGGAUUUCAUAAUCGACUUACUGGUACCAAGUGUGCGAGAUUCGAUAAACAACACACUCGGUGAAAUUUUUGCCGAUCCAGAGAUUGUCAAGGUCUUCCACGGCGCAGAGAGUGAUAUUGUGUGGCUCCAGCAAGACUUCAAUAUUUUUGUCGUUGGACUGUUCGACACAUAUCAUGCCUCAAGGGCGCUAGACUUUCAGAAGCAUGGCCUUGCGAAUUUGCUAGAGGCAUUCUGCGACUUCAUACCCGAUAAGCGGUAUCAGCUAGCCGAUUGGCGCAUUCGUCCAUUGCCAGAGGAGAUGCUCACAUAUGCAUGCUCUGAUACUCACUUCCUGCUAUAUAUCUAUGAUCGACUUCGACUCUCCCUUAUCGAGCGUGCACAGACGAUAACUGUUCCAGAAGCAUCUUUUUCGACCGCAAUAUCUACUAUAAUCAAGGGCACUAUAUCCGACGAGCCGGCGCACGUGCUAUUGAAUGAUGUGUUGGCACGUUCGGCUCGCACUGCGCUAAGGUUAUAUGACCGCGAGACAUACGACACCGAGUUUGGCGUAGGUACAGGUGGCUGGGAUACGCUUGCGCGGAAAUGGAACAAGAGUGCAUUGGCUAACAGUGCUAGUGAGACCAAUGGCGUACAAGGUGGUGUAACUGGAGAGGUAUACAGGGCAGUGCAUCGGUGGAGGGAGGAUAUAGCAAAGGAGGAGGAUGAGAGUACGAGAUAUGUUCUCCCAAAUCACCAACUUUUCAUUGUGGCCGAGCGGUCACCUUCCACUGCCGCUCAACUCCUCGGGCUCUUCUCACACGCCAGCGUUCCGCCCGUUCUACGACGAAGAGCAGGUGAACUUGCAGAAGUCAUCAAGUCUACUGUGGAGCGAGUGACGUCUUCAGGAGUUGCUGUUGAGGCCAUCGCGGUGACCACGGAUGUCGAAGAAGUCGACUCAGCUGCCUCGACUGAAGUUGUUGUAGUUGAAGAAACUGCAAAAUCUAGAUUGUGGGGGUCAGUGAAAGUUUCUUCCCUGGUCGUUCAGCGUGCAUCCUCCUCCUCUCUUUUCGGCCUGCGGACCGUAGCAGCUGACGAAGGAAGUUCAUACUCGGCUUCGCGAAGUUCAUUAUUCGGCGCCGCGUUACCUUCUCGCAUGACGCCUCAAAGCUCAGUACCAAUUAUAUCGACCAGUGGGAAGAAAUUUAGUGACCUCGUGACACGGAUACAUCAGACCCUCGUCAUUGCACCUAGCCAACCACAGAUUAUCCAAGCCGAUUCUCAGACAAUCUCCCAAUCCAGCGUCUCCUCAGGCUCUGUCUCGACCCAGCCAGCGAUGCCUGUCUCUUCAGUAGAAGCACCUGACGGUAUCCUUGGACAAGUAGAAAUCCCGUUCAUUCCUACCGAUCAGCGACAGCCCCGUCUCGCCCCUGUUUCAGAUGAUAACAUUGUAGUCGUGGGUCAGGCCAGGCAGAAGAAGCGCAAACGGAUCAAGACUGCAGUUUUGGGAAAACCCCCAACCGGAGAUCAGGGCGACACGGGUGAGGAUGAGGUAUUUGAUUAUGCCACAGUGCCGAACCUGCUGGAUGAUCUCCCACCGGCUCCUGAGGAGCUCGACACGAGGAAGAAAAAGAAGCAAAAAGCCAAGGGUACCGGAGUCAUAGAGUAUGGCAAUUUUCGCGCACCACCGCGAGAUAUGCGCGAGGUUAAGAGUGGUAACAAAACUCAUACAUUUAGAUGACAAUUCAUCAGAAUUACGUUGUAUCUGUGCCCCCACAUCUUGGCAGGUGUUGUUUAUAUGCUAUGUCGCUCCUAUGUGCGAUCUGGACAACGUC